CGCACACGUUACGAGCAUUUGGCUCGACCAAGCAUGGCAGGGUUGGUGUAAAAUGCCACCAACCAAAACACGGGAUUAACGCAGAUUACACCUUUGAUUGGCUAUUGGAGAGGUUUACGGAACAUAUUAUAUACUGUGGACGUCCAGGGGCGGGGCAUAACAAAAAGUAAUGGCCAUUUAUUUAGGGUCUGGCAAGACAGUGGAUUUCACAGUUAUUCUAUAGAAUUCGCCGUUUGUAGAGCAUGACAAAAAGGUAAAUACCGUAACCAUUAUUACUAGGCGUUUUCGUUCAUAGCAGUCGCGUUCUGUCUGAAUACAAUUGAUACAUCGCCUAAAACUGAUUGCGCAAUUAGGGUUAACCAGCCCUACACGCUAACGAUCAGUAUCAGCUCUAGAGCCAGCAUUUAGAGCCUUCGUUUGGGCGUGAUAGUUUUGACAUUUCGAGUCGAUCACGUACGGGUCUUUGUAAUACACAGUUAUUACAUAGUAUCGAACAUAUUUACUGCAAUUCAACAUGGAGAGGAUUUUUUUUCUGUAGAUAUUGACGAAGAAAAACGGACUAAGGGCAACUUGGUCUUGGGAAAAGUUGUACACAGGAUUAGAGAUAUAUAAAUGGUUAAGAGAGUUGUCAAGUCUUUAUCCUCCAUCUACAAACAAGGGCAUGCCAAAAUAUCAGUGCUGGGCCCAUAUGCUCCUCCCCUAUCUUCUCCGAGCAGAGCAGGCAGGCCCUUUGUCCUAGCGACUCCCAGACUCCAAACAGAAAAAUGAUGGAAAAUAUGGCUGUGAGUACCUCCACUCUGGCCAAUGAGGAGUUUGACAGAAACGUACCGCGGAUCUGCGGUGUGUGUGGGGACAAGGCCACCGGUUUCCACUUCAAUGCCAUGACCUGCGAGGGCUGCAAGGGUUUCUUCAGACGCAGUAUGAAGCGUAAGGCUAGCUUCACAUGCCCCUUCAACGGCAGUUGCACCAUCACCAAGGACAAUCGCCGCCACUGCCAGGCCUGCCGUCUCAAACGCUGCGUGGACAUCGGAAUGAUGAAGGAGUUCAUUCUGACAGAUGAGGAGGUGCAGCGGAAGAAAGAUCUGAUCCAACGGAGGAAGGAUGAGGAGGCGCAGCGGGAGGCGCAGAGGGAGGCGCAGCGACCCCGGCUGAGCGAGGACCAGAGCCAGGUCAUCGCCACACUGGUGGAGGCACACCACAAGACCUACGACGACUCCUACUCCGACUUCAACCGCUUCAGGCCUCCGGUCCGUGAAGGCCCAGUGACACGCAGUGCAAGCAGAGCUGCUUCUCUCCACUCUCUGUCUGAUGCCUCAUCUGACUCCUUCAGCCACUCUCCAGAGUCUGUGGACACUAAGCUGAUGAACUUCAGUAACCUGCUGAUGAUGUACCAGGACCAGAGUGGCAGCCCGGACUCUAACGACGAUGACGGCUCCAAGCUCUCCAUGUUGCCCCACCUGGCCGACCUGGUCAGCUACAGCAUCCAGAAGGUCAUUGGUUUCGCUAAGAUGAUCCCCGGUUUCAGGGAGCUGACGGCUGAGGACCAGAUUGCCCUGCUCAAGUCAAGCGCCAUCGAGGUGAUCAUGCUGCGCUCAAACCAGUCCUUCAACCUGGAGGAUAUGUCCUGGAGCUGUGGUGUGUCCGACUUCAAGUACUGCAUCACCGACGUCACUAAAGCGGGCCACACUCUGGAGCUGCUGGAGCCACUGGUUAAAUUCCAGGUGGGCCUUAAGAAACUCAACCUCCACGAGGAGGAACAUGUGCUACUCAUGGCCAUCUGCCUCCUCUCCCCAGACCGUCCUGGCGUGCAGGACCAUGGGCGCAUCGAGGCACUUCAGGACCGUCUGUCAGAGACGCUGCAGGCCUACAUCCGGCUGCACCACCCGGGCGGCCGCCUGGUGUACGCUAGGAUGAUCCAGAAGCUGGCGGACCUGCGCAGCCUGAACGAGGAGCACUCCAAACAGUACCGCUCGCUGUCCUUCCAGCCAGAGCACAGCAUGCAGCUCACCCCGCUGGUGCUGGAGGUGUUCGGCAGCGAGUUCACUCGCAUUUCGCCCAUCUGAUACAACUGGGUAGUUGUAUGUAAGGAAUACCUCCACCUGGUUUCCGCCAUAUUCAGCUUACAGUGAACAAGGACAGAAGGGAGGGAGCAACUUCCUGGAAUGAAACGCUACGAGAGACUUAAUUGGGACCUCUGUAUAGAGGCGUCAUGAGUCGUAUGGUUUCGGUCGGAGAGUUGAUGCGUCUGCUCCUCUUGGUACAGUUGGCAUGGUCUUUGCCCUUACUAGAUGUUUCUCACUCUGUCCCCUAUCCACCUCUUUUUCCUUCUUUCCCUCUAUCAGCUACUAAGUUUUCUCCACUCUCAUAUCCCCCAACACACCUUUUUAGAGUAAACUCUUCUGUAUAGAUCUUAUUUUCAGGAAAGGGCAGAAGUUCUGACAGGACAAAGAUCAGUAUCCAUUUAAUGCUGCUUUUAUCAAGAGCAUCACAGGUCGAUCAGUGUGUUGUUAUUCUUACUAACAUUGGCACGGUUGGGUAUCGCCCAGCAAAUAUAUGCUAACCAGAUCAUGUGAGGCCACAGUGUCUGUCGUGUUAUGUAGUUUUUUAAAGCCAAGUAGUUUAGGUUGGUAUAAAGCUAUAGGAAGCUGGUUCUAGAACAGCAAAUUCCUAUUUGAACAAUGUAGACUUGAGGAGGGUGAUGUCCAUUUAUUGACUUUGAUUAAACCACUUUAAUCUAUCAAUGAGGCGGCAAGUAUUGUGUAAUAUUAAUCACCAGCUACUCCACUUUCCAACAUGAAGACACUUUUCUUCUUUUUUUUUGACCAGACACUCUAAGUCUUUGAGCGUACUCCCUCUGGUGAACUGGAUGUGCACCAUUUGGUUGACAUUGCUCAGUAAGUACCACUUUAAGAUGCUACUAAUAUCUGUGAAUACAGUUUUUGAAUAGUUUUUGACAAUGCUUCCUACCAUCUUUCCAACUAACUGUCUCAAUUUUGACAGUUUGUAUUCAAACAGAACUUUAAAAAAAUAUAAAUGUGUCCAGCAAAAGCAGUCAGAUUGAUAAUCAGUUGUCGUGCUAGCUAUUGGAGGCUAGCUAUUGGAGGUAUGUAGACCUCACUAGACAUCAAAUCGAUAUAAACUCAUGCAAAUAAGAGUACCAAAGUGACCUGCAUGCACAAAUAAUUCCUUUUUCACAAUGAAAAUAGGGGAAUUGGCUCCCAUGUACUCAUCACGUUACACUUUGGAGUACAGGGCAGGAGGUGAAAGGAGUUCAGAUUAGCUAGCUUUGUGUUGCCUAUGUAUUGGCUAUUGAUAUUGACAGCCAGCAGACACUGUGGUCCCUCGGAGCCUGAGUUGAGUGCCUAUAUGAACCUUGUAACGACUGUUGAGUGUUUCACAAAGCAAAAUUAGAAAGUUAGCAAACUAGCUUUUCCAAGUAUCGUAAAACAACUCAAAUUUGUUCAUGAUUCUCGAGACUAAUUUCAAAGAUUGGUCAAUAGUACUUCCUUACCUAUUAUUCUUGCAGCUAACUGCGAUUCUACUUUACCAAUCUUUGUGGGCAAGAAAUUCUAGUUGAAGAAGAAUUGUUAAACUAAAAUGUUAGAUUGUUAAAUGAAAAAUUCCUGUUUUUAACACACUGCACCACUUCACAUGGAAAGCCAGAAACAACAGAAGCACUUAAGGUAUUGUUUGUAACACAAUGCAUACAUUUGGAUGAAUAUGCUCUACAUGAAUGACUGUCCAUUUCAGCAUUAUAUGGCUGCAAUUAUCAAAGUAGUUCAUCUAAUUUCUUGCAAUGUAUAUUUUUGUUUUUAUUUCAUUUAAGAUAUGUUUUUCUUUCUAUUACAACAGACAUUAUACAUUGGUGUUUAUGUAAUGUUAUUUUUGUCAUAUGUUUUGCAAAUCAAAUAAUAAACAACUGUGUAGUGUU